UAGAAAGAUUCUUAUAUUAUCUGUGAUGAAAAUAUUGACAAUCACUGGCAUUCAACUCAAUCGAUUUCUCGUUCUCGUACACCUUAUUAUGGCGUAGGAUGAUAAGUAGUAUGGAAUGUUUUAUGUGAUUUUUCGUUGAAUAAAUUCAAUAUUAUCAAUUUUAAAAUCCAUUAAUUCUGAUUAAUUAGCAUCGAGAAAGUGAUUCAUGUAAUUAUUUGGUUGAACUUGCAUCAAAGAAUGCACUUUUGUUUUAAGCGAUACAUUAUCGGCGUCUUGUGCCGAUAUAAAUUUCAACAAGAAAACAGAUCAUACGACAGAAUACAUUCAUCGAUAUCGAGGUUAAACAAUUCUAUCGCUAUCAGAACCUUGUCAACGUUUGUCAGAGCUACGCAAGAACCGAGCCUAAUGUCCAUAUGGUCGACAAGCACUGGACGCAAUUCAGUGUUUGGCGCGGAGGACGGAGCGGUACUCCCCUCCUCGCAUUUGCCGAUACACGUGGCGCGCACACAUCUGCGCAACAUUGACGGCCACUGCUUCCAUAAGCGGUUCCACGAGUGUCAGCACCCGUUGGGUUUUUGUCCUACACAGGACUUUUGGCAAGUUCUCCCAUUGGCACCAACGUUGCCAUCUACUUUCGUCAAAGAUGUCACAGUCAGGAGAUGGCCUUCACACGCCGGGUUAUCUCUCUUGGAGAAAAUUACAACUCAGCCGAGCGAAACUUAAAGCAUCAAGCAAGACGUCUGCUCUACUUCCGGU